AUGCCGACGCUCACUGCUUUCAGUUAUCGGUAUACACGAUGGAGCGCGUUUCAUAGCCACGAGCUAUCCUUGGCGACUUCUGCUGUGACUCUGUCCAGUGCAGUCCUGGCGGAUGCCCUCAUUCUUUUCUGUUUGGUGUAUUUCUUGGCGCGUUCACGACUAGCUUUAGAUCCAUACGAAGGCUACGUUAGAGUAUUUUCGGUCUACGUUGCAAAUCCAGGAGUCUUUACUAGCAUGUUCUCUGUGGCCGCUCUCGUCAUGUUCCUGGCGUAUCCUUCAGGUUACAUAUGGCUGGGACUAGUGGAGUUGCAGAGCAAAUUCUACGUGUAUGCCUUUCUUACCGGUCUCAAUGACCGGGCCAGAAUUUGGGACGGCAGUACACGAUCAUCUCGCGUGUCUACUUGGGGCUUUUGGAGACCUACUAUACCAACAGGAAGGGCUACCGAUACAAGAAUUGGGACGCAUAUUGCAGAGACGCAGAUUGACGAGGAGAUGGUGCGUGUUGUACGCCUCAGUCGGAAGUAG